AUGGCCUCCACCGACACCAUCCUGCAGGGCGUCGCCGUGCUCGGCAAGGUCGACGACGCCCACCGCAAGAUCCUCACCCCCCAGGCCCUGGCCUUCCUCGCCCUGCUGCACCGGUCCUUCAACGCCACCCGCAAGAGCCUGCUGGACCGCCGCCGCCUGCGCCAGGCCGAGCUUGACCGCGGCGUCCUGCCCGACUUCCUGCCCGAGACGCGCCACGUCCGCGAGAAUGCCACCUGGAAGGGCGCCGCGCCGGCCCCGGGGCUCGUCGACCGCCGCGUCGAAAUCACGGGGCCCACGGACCGCAAGAUGGUGGUGAAUGCGCUCAAUUCCAAUGUCUACACGUACAUGGCCGACUUUGAGGACUCGAGCGCCCCGACCUGGGACAACAUGAUCAGCGGCCAGGUCAACCUCUACGACGCCGUCCGUCGCCAGGUCGACUUCAAGCAGGGCGCCAAGGAGUACAAGCUGCGCACCGACCGCACGCUCCCCACCCUCAUCGUCCGCCCCCGCGGCUGGCACCUCGAGGAGAAGCACGUCACCGUCGACGGCGAGCCCAUCUCGGGCAGCCUCUUCGACUUUGGCCUCUACUUCUUCCACAACGCCCUCGAGACGCAGCGCCGCGGCUUCGGCCCCUAUUUUUACCUGCCCAAGAUGGAGAGCCACCUCGAGGCCCGGCUGUGGAACGACGCCUUCAACCUCGCCCAGGACUUUGUCGGCAUGCCGCGCGGCACCAUCCGCGGCACCGUCCUCAUCGAGACCAUCCUCGCCGCCUUUGAAAUGGACGAAAUCAUCUACGAGCUGCGCGACCACAGCUCCGGCCUCAACUGCGGCCGCUGGGACUACAUCUUUAGCACAAUCAAGAAGUUCCGCCACAACCCCAACUUUGUCCUGCCCGACCGCUCCUGCGUCACCAUGACGGUGCCCUUCAUGGACGCCUACGUCAAGCUGCUCAUCCAGACGUGCCACAAGCGCGGCGUCCACGCCAUGGGCGGCAUGGCGGCCCAGAUCCCCAUCAAGGACGACAAGCAGGCCAACGACCGCGCCAUGGAAAACGUGCGCGCCGACAAGCUGCGCGAGGUGCGCGCCGGCCACGACGGCACCUGGGUCGCCCACCCGGCCCUCGCCGCCAUUGCCACCGACAUCUUCAACGCCCACAUGCCCACUCCCAACCAGCUCUUUGUGCGCCGCGACGACGUCAAGAUUGGCCAGAACGACCUGCUCAACAUGAAUGUGCCGGGCAGCGUCACCGAGGAUGGCAUCAAGAAGAACCUCAACAUUGGCCUGGGCUACAUGGAGGCCUGGAUCCGCGGCGUCGGCUGCGUGCCCAUCAACUACCUCAUGGAGGACGCCGCCACCGCCGAGGUCUCGCGCAGCCAGCUCUGGCAGUGGGUCAAGCACGGCGUGUCCACGGCCGACGGCAAGAAGCUCGACAAGGCCUACGCCCUCAAGCUGCUCAAGGAGUGCGCCGACGGCCUGUCGGCCCAGGCGCCCAAGGGCAACAAGUUCCACCUGGCCGCGCAGUACUUUGCUGGCCAGAUUACGGGCGAGGAUUACGCCGACUUUUUGACAACAUUGCUCUACAACGAAAUCACGCAAGUUGGGUCUCCCAGCCCGGCGUCGAAGCUGUAA